AUGGGAGGUCGGUCCCUGCUGGCGCUCCUUGUCUCCUGCGCGCUUCUGUUGCCCAGCCAGGUUCGGAGCUCCGGCGUGUUCGAGCUGAAGCUGCAGGAGUUUGUCAACAAGAAGGGGCUUCUGGGCAACCGCAAUUGCUGCCGGGGAGGCCUUGGCGCGGCCCUGCCCAGCGGCGGCUCGGCCUCCGGGCUGCAGCAGUGCGACUGCAAGACGUUCUUCCGCGUGUGCCUCAAACACUACCAAGCCAGCGUCUCUCCGGAGCCACCCUGUACCUACGGCAGCGCCAUCACCCCUGUUCUGGGAGCCAACUCCUUCAGUGUGCCUGACAACGCCGCCAGCGGCGAUCCCUCCUUCAGCAACCCCAUCCGCUUCCCCUUCGGCUUCACCUGGCCGGGCACUUUCUCCCUCAUCAUUGAAGCCCUGCACACAGACUCCCCUGAUGACCUUAGCACAGAGAAUCCAGAACGCCUCAUUAGCCGCCUGGCCACCCAGAGACAUUUGACUGUUGGGGAAGAAUGGUCCCAGGACCUGCACAGCAGUGGCCGCACUGACCUCAAGUAUUCCUACCGUUUCGUGUGCGAUGAGCACUAUUAUGGGGAAGGCUGCUCUGUUUUUUGUCGUCCCAGGGAUGAUGCCUUUGGUCACUUCACUUGUGGAGAACGUGGGGAAAAGGUCUGCAAUCCAGGCUGGAAGGGGCAGUACUGCACUGACCCAAUUUGCUUGCCUGGAUGUGAUGAGCAGCAUGGAUACUGUGACAAGCCUGGGGAAUGCAAGUGCAGAGUUGGCUGGCAAGGGCGUUACUGUGAUGAAUGCAUCCGGUACCCAGGUUGCCUUCAUGGUACCUGUCAACAGCCUUGGCAAUGCAACUGUCAGGAAGGCUGGGGCGGCCUUUUUUGUAACCAGGAUCUCAACUACUGUACUCACCACAAACCUUGCAAGAACGGUGCCACUUGCACCAACACAGGCCAAGGAAGCUACACCUGUUCUUGCCGUCCUGGCUACACUGGUUCCAACUGCGAGAUUGAAAUCAACGAAUGUGAUGCCAAUCCCUGCAAGAAUGGAGGAAGCUGUACCGAUCUAGAAAACAGCUAUUCUUGCAGUUGUCCACCUGGAUUCUAUGGGAAGAAUUGUGAGCUGGGUGCAAUGACUUGUGCAGAUGGCCCCUGCUUCAAUGGCGGCAGAUGCACAGACAACCCAGAAGGUGGAUACAGCUGCCGCUGCCCAGUGGGUUACUCUGGAUUUAACUGUGAAAAGAAAAUUGACUAUUGCAGUUCUAGUCCCUGUGCUAAUGGAGCUCAGUGUGUUGAUCUUGGGAACUCCUAUAUAUGCCAGUGUCAGGCUGGCUUCACUGGAAGGCAUUGUGAUGAUAAUGUGGACGACUGUGCUUCCUUUCCUUGCUUGAAUGGUGGGACUUGCCAAGAUGGAAUCAAUGACUACUCUUGCACCUGCCCCCCGGGAUACAGUGGAAAGAACUGCAGCACUCCUGUCAGCAAAUGUGAACAUGGCCCCUGUCAUAAUGGAGCCACUUGUCAUGAGAGAAACAACCGCUAUGUUUGUGAGUGUGCUCGAGGAUAUGGUGGUCACAACUGCCAGUUUUUGCUCCCAGAACCACCUCCAGGGCCAGUCAUUGUUGACAUCACAGAGAAGUAUACUGAAGGCCAGAGUUCCCAGUUUCCUUGGAUUGCAGUGUGUGCUGGAAUUAUUUUGGUCCUGAUGCUCUUGCUGGGCUGUGCAGCCAUUGUCGUCUGCUUUAGACUCAAAAUGCAGAAGAGGCAGCAUCAGCCUGAUGCGUGCAGAAGUGAAACUGAGACCAUGAACAAUUUGGCCAACUGCCAGCGGGAGAAGGACAUUUCCAUAAGUGUCAUUGGUGCUACCCAGAUUAAGAACACCAACAAGAAAGUAGAUUUCCACAGUGAACAUGCCGACAAAAAUGGGUACAAAGCCAGAUACCCAUCAGUGGAUUACAAUUUGGUUCAUGAACUCAAGAAUGAGGAGUCUGUGAAAGAAGAGCAUGUCAAAUGCGAAGCUAAGUGUGAAACAUAUGAUUUGGAGGCAGGGGAGAAAAGCACAGUACAGCAAAAAAGUGAAACCUCUGAAAGGAAACGACCAGACUCUGUAUAUUCCACUUCGAAAGAUACAAAGUACCAGUCGGUGUAUGUCAUAUCAGAAGAGAAAGAUGAAUGCAUCAUAGCAACAGAGGUGUAAAGGAAAGGCAAUACAGCAAAAUUGUUGUUUAUGAAACAAUUUUCAAAGGUGAUAAUGCCCCAAUGAAUGCUGCUGAACAAGGAAAGGGAGAAAGAUUCCUUCACUGACUGCUGCUGAGAAACUAAAUUCAGGCUGAGCUGGUUCUCUACUGAAGUUAGCAAAAGUGACUGCAAAGAAAACACGGUGGACACUAGGCCAGGGUCUGUGUUCAAGGAUACCUGUUGCACUGCCUUUUAUGAAUAUUUAUCAUUGCACUAUGGUCAGUUGCUUUUUUCUAUAUAUAUUUAAUGAAUGGACCUAAUAUCUGCAUAAGAAGCAUGCACUGCCUGAAGUGUAUAUUUUGGAUUCUUAUGAGCCAGUUGUUUCUUGAAUUAGAGAUACA